CUCAUAAUUUACAAGCAGUUUCUUCGGAUUAAUAGCAGCUCGCUGGACAAAUUCAGAAUGAAAAAAUGACAAUUUAGUCAGUGUUCAGAUAUAAUAGCACUCCAUACUAUUUUGACAUACUAUGUAGUGCGGUAGUAUGCACGCAUUCUAGUGCAUUAGCCGCUAGCUAGCUUCGUAGCUCACGCGCUAAAUUUGAACUUUGGGUUAGCAUACCUGUGUGCUGUGACAGUGGCUGUUUGAUAAAUUUGUUUAAUUUCAGUCAGAAGAUGUUGAGGACUCGGAGAGCAGUAACUGCAAAAGAGUAUAAGGAACCCACUACAGAUGAGGAACCCAUGGACAGUCCAGUGAGUGAGGAGGAACCAGAGGAAUGGCUGCCCGAGGAGAAGACCAAGGGAAGAGGAAGGAGAAAGAAAGACGAAACAGCUGAGAAGAAAGCGGUCACUAAACGAGCAGCUAAAGCUAAAGAACCCAAAGCAAAGGCUGAGAGAAAACCCAGAGCUCCAAGGCCCUGUAAAGGAAAGCAGAGUGUCGAGAAAGGAGAAAAGAAAAAUAAUGCGGUUUCCCCUCAGGAUGACUCACUGCCCCAAGUACGAGUUAAGGAGGAGAGGCUGUCCAUCAGCAUGGACAAGAUGUUCAGUACUGAUGCUAUUGCGCAUGAAGAGCCAUCAUCCAGUACACAGGUCCUUAUGGUGAAAAAAGAAGAGCCUGUGGAAGACUUUACCUUUGGUGAGCCAGCGCUUAAAAAGCGGAAGACCCUAACUGCGCCUCAGGGCAAAGCGGUCAACAUAAAGGCUGCAAAGACUUUACAGGAUGAGCUGCAGAUGAACUGGGACCCUGUUCAGGUUUUAGCUGAGAAGACUGGAGUGGAGCAGUGGGUCUGUGCUAAUAUUGCUCAGCUCCUGCGGGAGGAGAACACCAUCCCGUUCAUAGUGCGCUACAGGAAAGAGCUGAUCAACCACAUGGAUGCAGAUGCUGUGAGGGAUGUGCAGCUUGCUUUGGAGGAGCUCUGCUCAGUGGCAAAGAAGUUUCAGUCCAUCACCCAAACCCUGAAGAAAGAGGGAUGUUUGACCUUUGAACUUGAGAAAACUCUGAAGAACUGCAAAAGUGCUGAUGAACUGGAUCAUGUGUAUGCACCAUAUAAGAAGGGCAGUAAGUUGUCAAAGGCACGGCGAGCGAAGCAGCUUGGUCUCGAGCCUGCAGCUCUGGCUCUUCUACAGUCGCCACAAACACUUGAUCUGCACUCACUGAUCCAGCCCAAUACUGAAGGUUUGUCCACUCUUGAAGAGGUUGCCACAGGUGCUGAGCAAAUUCUAGCUGAUAUGAUUGCUAAAGAUGGAGAGACGCUGACCUACAUCCGAUCACUAUGUGAUAGGAGUGAUGUGACAAUCCAGUCUACACUGUCUAAGACGGCUGUUAAAGAGCAGCAGCAGGCAGAUCAGAAGAGCAAGACGAAAGACAUUUCAAAUUUCAGCCUGUACAGUUCGUUCCGCUGUAGUGUGCAGCGAAUCCAGCACCACCAGACGCUGGCCAUUAACCGAGGGGAGAAUCUGAAGAUUCUGUCAGUGAAGGUUAACAUCCCAGACUGGGUGAAGGCUAACUUCUCUAGGUGGUGUGUGAACGUCAGGUGGAGGCCACAGGGGUUUGCACGUCCAGAGCUGAUGAAAAUUUUAAAUAGUGCUAUCGAGGACUCUUAUAAGAGACUUCUACUGCCUUUGCUCAGCAGAAGCUACAGGACCAAGCUGACCACAAGUGCGGAGAAGGAGUCUGUUGUUAUGUUUGUACGUAAUCUCCGGCAGCGGCUGUUGGUGUGCCCUGUGCGUGGGCGUGUCCUCAUGGGUGUAGAUCCUGGAUAUCGCCAUGGCUGCAAACUGGCAAUCCUCUCACCCACCAGUCAGAUCUUGCACACAGAUGUGGUGUACCUGCAUGGCUCAGGCAGGAAUAAAGAGGCUGACAAACUGCGCCACCUCAUGCUUAAACAUAGCUGCCAGACUGUUGUCAUAGGAAAUGGCACAGCAUGCAGAGAGACGGAGUCUUUCUUUGCUGAUCUCAUCAAAAGUGGCUUUUUCAAACCUUUGGAUGUGUCUUACUGUAUCACUAAUGAAGCUGGAGCGUCCAUCUACAGUGUCAGUCCAGAGGCAGUAAAAGAGAUGCCAGACCUGGAUCCAAACCUGAGGAGUGCAGUGUCGAUUGGAAGACGUGUUCAGGACCCUUUGGCUGAGCUGAUCAAGAUUGACCCUAAACACAUCGGCAUUGGUACUUACCAGCACGACGUGUCGCAGACCUUGCUGAGGACGGCACUGGACGGUGUGGUGCAGGAGUGUGUGAGCUUCGUGGGAGUGGACAUCAACAUCUGCUCUGAGACAUUGAUGAGACAUAUAGCAGGUCUUAACGCAAGCCGGGCACGAAGCAUAGUGGAGUGGAGGGAAAAGAACGGGCCCUUUUUCAACCGAGAGCAACUGAAGCUGGUCAAAGGCCUCGGCCCAAAGAGUUUCCAGCAGUCUGCCGGCUUCAUCCGCAUCAACCCAGAGACCGCUCGCAGCUUUGGCUCAGGUGAAAAAUCCAACUCUGCAACUGCUGAGAAGUCAACAGCUAAGAAGAGCAAAGGUAUUUGCAGCAAACCCAAUCCUCUGGACCAAACGUGCAUCCAUCCUGAGUCGUACAGCCUUGCUAUGAGGUUUUUGUCUCAGAUUGGUGGUAAUUUGGAUCAACUGGGAAGCACUGAGCUCCAGCAGCAAGUUAAGAGCACAGUUACGAACAGUGGUCUGGAGUGCUUGGCCCAGUCCCUCAACACCUGCCCUGAAACUUUGCAGCUCAUUGUGGAUGGCCUCACUCAACCACCUGGCUUUGACAUCCGUCAAGACUUUGAGCAAGCUGUCUUUAAGCAAGGUAUCGUGUCCAUGAGUGAUCUUCAUGCAGGCACUGUUCUAACAGGGCGUGUGGAAAACACUGCUUUAUUUGGAGCUUUCGUGGACAUCGGAGUAGGCCGAUCGGGCCUCAUCCCAAAGCGCUACAUCACUCCAGAUAAACUGCCUGCUGACCAGAGACGAAGAAGUCUAGCUAUAGGACCAGGAGAGCGAGUUGAAGUCCGGGUUAUAAAUGUGGAUCUUGAGAGGAACCGGAUCACCUUGGACCUAAUUAGGGUUCUCAGAUAAGAUCCCCAGAUCAAAGUAAACAUUUGAUAUUCUACUUAUAAUAAGUAAUAACAAAAUCUAGAAACACUUUGUAAUUCACAUAAAGGCUUGGUCCUGCCCAAGUAAUUGUGUUAUGUUGCGAAAUUUGUUUUGCAUUUAUUUUUUAUUUUAGCUUGUGCUCAUAAUAGUGAAGUGAAACCAUACGUAAUUAAAAACCAUACGUAAUCUUGACCAUAUGUAAUUAAAACUUAUAAGUUUUAAAACUUAUCAAGUUUUCUGUCCAUGUGUUUUUAUUAUAAUAUCAGCAUUUAAGAAAAUGCGCAUUAUGUAAACUAGGUGAAGUUAAGUGGAAAGAAAUUAACAGCACUAACCAGUAACUGGGGUGUUUCUAAAUGGCACAGCCGAAAAGCGUUCACCUGUUCUUGGGAGAUCGUGAGUUCAAAUUCUGACAAUGCCACAACCAUCCGUGAAUGGGAGCCAAGGCAGCAAAGUUGGCCAUGUUCCCCGGGUGGGAGGGAUGAAAUACUCUUUCAUGAGCUAAUUAGGGGUAUCUGUGAGCUCAUGUAUGUGGAAGAGGGUGGAUAGCAUUUUCCUCUGAAUGAGUUAUGCUACCCUGUGCAGUUCAGAAAGCUGCAGAUGGAGCACAUGUUAGCUUUCACCUCCCUGGUUAGUGGUAGUUGGGUAGAGCUGGCAGGUGGGUGGGAAUUGGCAGGUUAUCAAUAGCAAGGGAGGGGUAAGUGGGCAGUAAUUUGGAUAUAAAAGGAGUAGUUUUGUUGCCGUAGAUGAUCAUUGGCUCGUUAUCUGCCAGUCACUUCAAGAACAAUCAAACAUGCAAAUCCCAAAAUAAUUCGAACAUGAUUUCUAAUGAAAUGACCCUGAAGUAUUUCCUGAAGACUUUUCCUGAUUCGUUCAUCUGACUUUUGGUAAAAACUAAAACAUUUUGUCGAAAAUUGCACCGUAGAUGUGUCCUCCCUCCUCCCCAAUCAAUGCACAUCAAGGUAGUGAUGCUACCGUAUAGCAGUGGCUUAGAAAUGUUUGAUUGACCGUCUCUUUGGAAGUGAGAAGAAAAGGGUUGUCUAAGCAGCAUCCAGACUGCAAUAUGACUUGGGGAGCCAUGGGGAAGCCGAAACCCAAUUAUCCCAGGCCAGCCACGUGCUAAUCAGCCCCUUCAAAAUUAUUCCCAUAUUCCCUCUUCUCUAUUAUCCAAUCUGGUUGUAUAUAUGUGGCUUAAAUGAAGAAAUGGAUAAAUAAAGAACCUACAAUGCCCUGAGCACUUCCUAGUAACCAGAGGGAAUAACAGAUCGGGGUCUGAAAUUUGCAUUUUUUUUUUUUUUUUAUUCUGGAGAUGUUUCAUUGGAUCAGGCUGCAGUGGAAGGGCUUCAGCUCUCACCUGUGGAUUUUUCAUUGGUUUUUAUCCUUCAGUAUGGUUCUGUUGUCAGCGAGGGCCUUUCUGUGCGGAGUUUGCAUGUUCUCCCCGUGUCCGCGUGGGUUUCCUCCGGGUGCUCCGGUUUCCCCCACAGUCCAAAGACAUGCAGGUUAGGCUAACUGGUGACUCUAAAUUGACCGUAGGUGUGAAUGGUUGUCUGUGUCUAUGUGUCAGCCCUGUGAUGACCUGGCGACUUGUCCAGGGUGUACCCCGCCUUUCGCCCGUAGUCAGCUGGGAUAGGCUCCAGCUUGCCUGCGACCCUGUAGAACAGGAUAAAGUGGCUAGAGAUAAUGAGAUGAGAUGUUUUUGUGUAGCCCUAUCUAUUAUAAGUACUUUUGUGUCUUUUUGUUACAGGUUUUUUUGUGUUCGUUUUAGUCACCAUGUGCACAUUGUUUUUCUCAAUCCUCUCAGGUUAUGAGCAGUCAGCACUGGUGAACCAUCCCCAUAGUCACCUGUGUCAUUACAAACCUCCUUUGAGUUACAGCUUCAAUACGUGAGCCGGUGAGGAUAAGAGCCAAUUAAGUGGCAGAUUCAUUGCCGCCACCAUCCAGCGAGCCAUCAAAUCCAUUGGCUGAGCUGAUACCGCUACUCUGAACACUCGGUUAAGAGCAGGUGUGGAUGAAAUCGGGCCUUGCUGUGAUGCGUUACCAAAAUCCAUAGAAAAGGAGAGUGCAGGUUUAUCCCAGGGGUACAGCUAGUGGAUUUGAGCAUGGCUUCAAAGCCAUGCAUCUACUUGUCCUAUUUAUGUCCCUGAGAGGUUGAUAUAUGGCUCAGCUUUGGGAACAGGCAUUACUGAGGCCUCCUAGAGGACAGAUGCGUCAGGAUGGAGCAGUGAUCUCAGUGGUACAAGAUGGAUGUCGCAGCACUCCAGCCAGUUCUGUACAUGGUAUUUCAUCAGGGUUCUUUCUCCUGCUGAUUAAUGUGUGUGGUAGAGAAAGCACAUGCACUCGCGUGUAUGUUGAGUCAUUUCCCAAUCUUACCCCAUUACAUAGUAUUUCAUUAGCUAAAUUAAGAAAAACAAAAUGACGCAGAUGUAAUUUAAACCGGCGCGGCAAGUGUGCAAAGGGACUUUGGGGUGAUUAAACGCAAGGCAAGUGUGUGAAAUGAAGUGAGAGAGGCAAUAGAGCAGCUUGUCCAUACUAUAAAUGCACCAGACCUCCCCUGUUCUACACAAACACGAUAUGUAGUCAUUUUUAAUCAAAUAACUUGUACAAUAGAAUUUACAUUUUGGAAUACUGGCAAAGCACCUUCCUCUCAGAUUAAAAUGCUGCAUAAUUCUUAGUCGCUGAACUGACUAAGUAUGUACAUAUUCAAUUUAUUUGUAAUUGGCAAUGAUUUAAAUAUUGGAACCUCAGUUUUAUGAGCUGUUGUCAGAUUUCCCACAGAGGUGGUGGGUUGGAGCAUGUCCGAAAAACCUGUCAGAGGGAUUCAUGCACUUUCCAAGAAAUACACCUAUAAACACACACCGCAUCAUCUAAAAGAGCCUAACCUCUAUAACAAUGACCAGGAACGUGCACUAUGCUAGAGAGGUAGCAAAGAACAAAAAUUAGGUCCCCAGGCUGAAUCAAAACUAUUAAUGAAAUGGAAGGACCUUGUUGCUGAAUUACUUUGUCUUGCAUAGGCUGUAAGGAGUUUAUAUAAGGGUCCGUCUCAGAAACUGGUCUCUCAUUUGGGACAUUAUGGUCAAAAAAUAAAUUUUCUAAUUUUACUUUUUUUUUUUUUUUUGCAUUUACCUAACACUCAAUGUUUCUUUUGUCAUGUUUAAUA